UCUUUAAACAUACAUGACAACACACCCACCCUCCGUAGCUGCCUAGCUUCUUCUUCUUCCUCUAAAUAUUCUUCUUCAUGCUUUAUCUUCUUCAACCAUCUCAUUCACUACCUUAAAACUAUAAGCCUACCAUUGAUUCGAUUCCCGGCCAUGGAAGGUAACCAAGUGCCCCAAGGUCUCACCCCACAAGAAUUAUUCGACCUAGAACCCCUCAUUCAAACCUACCACACUUUCGAGCCAACCCCAAACACUUGCACUUCUCUCAUAACCCAACGUGUCGAAGCUCCCGCGGACACCGUUUGGCCGUUGGUCCGACGUUUCGACAAUCCUCAGAAGUACAAGCACUUUGUCAAGAGCUGUAACAUGAGAGGUGACGGCAGUGUAGGUAGCAUCAGAGAAGUCACGGUCGUUUCGGGACUUCCGGCGUCUACUAGCACCGAAAGGCUAGAGAUUUUGGACGAUCAAAGGCAUAUACUGAGCUUUAGGGUUGUGGGUGGUGAUCAUAGGUUAAAUAAUUAUCGUUCUGUUACCUCGGUUAAUGAAUUUAAUAAGGAAGGGAGGGUUUACACCAUUGUUUUGGAGUCUUAUAUUGUUGAUAUACCAGAGGGUAAUACUGGUGAGGAUGCAAAAAUGUUCACAGAUACAGUGGUGAAAUUGAAUCUUCAAAAGCUUGCGGUGGUGGCAAUGGUGUCUUUGCAUGGACAUGAAUGAGGAUGACAAUAGGGAG